GCCGCCGGCAGCUCAUCAUGCGAUGGCCGCCGGCAGUGCGAGAGCUGUGGCAGGACCUGGAACAUGCGCGACCAGUGUCGAACGUGAAGUGCAGCAAGGCUCUGAAGAUCUGUCGCAAGAAGGAGAUCUGGUCUUUGGCACUGCGUCUCUUUUCACGUUUCCAACGGCAUGGCGCGUCCGUCAGUGCGGACGUGAUCAGCUUCACGGGAGCCAUUCAAUGCUGUGAGAAGGGAGCAGCCUGGGAGACUGCCAUGGAUCUUCUGAAUCAGAUGGGUACACAGCAGGUUUUCCCAACGGCCGUAAGCUAUGAUGCGAGCCUCAACGUUUGUCGCAGAUGCCUGGAGCCUUCGAAACCAGGAGUUCGUGUCGGCGCUGGCAUCGAACAUGAUCUGAUCCGAGGAGAUGUCCAAGGCGAUGCCGUGCUCUUUCACAGCCUGGCGGAUACAGCGGUGGUCCGGUGCUCCACAGGUCCGUGGCCCUAUGCCCUGGUGCUGCUGCAGAGCUUGUCGCUUCGCGGCCUGCGGCCGGAUGCCUUCAGCGUCACGGUGGAAGUGUCAGCCUGGAACCGUAGCAGAUCCUGGGAAAAGGGGCUGCAGCUGCAUGACGCUUCGAAUUUAGUGAGCAGCAACGCUGCACUCAGUGCCUGUGGGAGAGCGCACUGGGUGAAGGCGCUGGCCUUGUUUCACUCCUCGCGACCUCUGGCGGCUUUGGAUCUGCGCCAAGCGGCAAGUGGUUACAGCUCCACCAUUGGCGCCCUGCGUUCCGAGCGCUGGGAUUUGGCACUACACUUCCUCUAUGAAGCUCAGGCGAAGAAUCUCUCGGGUUUUGCGAUCUUUGCCAGCGCUCUCAGUUCCUGCGAGUUCUUUCAAAGGACACUUUUACGCAUGAUGCUUCAUGCUCAUAUCGAGGUGGACAACACCAUCGCGAGAUCAGCGAUUGCUUCAGCAUCGAACUAUUGGGAAUCGGCCCUAGCCAUUUUCACGCUGGCAUCGUCGGCCCUCGACUUGGACGUGGAAAGCUACCGAACCUUGCUUUGGUCUAUGGAAUCUGCAUCUAGCUGGGCUGAAGCUCUGUGGAUCCUUCAGGACAUGUCGGCAGUGGAUGACCUGAGCUACCUCUCCACCAUUCGCAGCUGCGCCAACAGUCGGCAGCUGUCGCAGGGGAUCCAUGCGUUGUGGGACUUCGAAGCCCGUGGAGUGGAGUGCAGGAAGUCCUUCCUGGCAUGUGCGCUGGCCUCACUGUUGCCGGAGGAUCCCGAGGUGAUUGCUUCGUGCGUGCGACAGCAGCAACAGCACCUGAGACGUUUGGAGUCCUAG